AGUGUCAUCAUAAUGUCAUUCUCGUCAGAUUCUCGUUUCUCUCUCGUCUCGAACGAUUUGUGAUUUUAUUGAUUGUGUUGUUUUCAUUGGGUGGUAGCCAUUAAACAGAAUAAUCAUUGAUUGUGAUUGUAAUGCUAUUAUUUGUAUUCUCUAAAACUUAUUGCCCUUACGCUCCACCGUGACUUUAGGUUGGUGGUAUUCACAUUCAGUCCGCAACUUCGAUAACGAUUACUUCUUGGAAAUGGAAAUUAGAAGUAGAAUAGUGUAAAGGAGGAAACUGGAUUUGAAAACCCAUGUACCACUGACAUUUCACUAAGAAGCAAAUCGGCAAUGGGUUGGUGAAUUAAUUUCCUAUUACACACAUAAGUUACCAACUCAUAGGAGUACUGUACUGUAUGGUGCAGGAAUUUUGUGAUUUAUUUAUAACUUUUAUAGUUAAGCUUUCAAAAUGAUUAUUAGUGAUUUACCAGAAGAAGUGAUUCUCAUAAUUUUAAGGCAAUUAGAUUUGAUAUCUUUAAUUAAGUUAUAUGACGCCUCAGAUGAUAUUUUGAGAAAAGUUCUGACACUACCUUGUGCAAUAAAGGAAUGGCACAUGUCGCUAAGUUGUUUGGCAACUGUACAAACUUUCAAAUGUAAUCUCUUUAAGGAUGCGGCCCACCACUUACAAGUUUUGAAUUUAUGUAGUGUUAAAGAUUUGCGUAAAACUAAUAUCAUACCAGUCUUAAAGAGGAUGAAAAAUUUAAAAUCCCUUGAUGUCUCUUAUACAGAAAUUAAAUUCUUAGACUUUUUUGACAUGCAUGAUGCUUGUCCUACCAUCAAUAGUUUAUGUAUCAAUUAUAGUUUUGAAAAAGGUAAAGUUACAUUUUCAGAAAGUCAGGUACUGAGAGGUCAAGAUGUAUUUGAAAAAAUGGAAAAUUUGCAUUUAAUUGGCAAUGCCGUUAAUUUGUUGUAUACAAAUGUACCGGGAUAUUUUUUGCAAAAAGCCAAUUUGAAUACUUUAAAAUGUACCAUAAUAAAUGAGCCGACUGGCUAUGUAGAAUGUGAUGGAGAAUUUGAUGGAAUUAUUAAAUUCAAACAAUUUUUUGUUUAUUUCAUGAACUUAGAACUAAGUUAUGGACCUUAUUAUGGCAUGUCCAUGUUCAAUAUGUUAAUUAAAGAACACUAUGAAUUUAUAAUAAUGUAUAACAGAAUAACUUUAGAUGAUGUAAUAGUGUAUGCUACUCCUGUAUUUGAAGAGUUUUUUAAAGAAAAGUUUAAUAUCAAGAUAAGAGGUAUGCCUCAGUAUAAUAAUCAACUCACUGGAAACAUGGCUGUAUUAAUAUUUAAAAAAGAAGAUACUUGUUUUAACAAUACAUUUUUCUCGAACUUAUUUCAUAGGCUGAAAGACUGUUUUCCAGUAUAUUUCGAAUAUGGCAGUAAGAACCCUGUACCAGAUAACUUUAAUUGGUAUUAUACUACUCCUACAGUACCGCCGAUAGGUGAUUUCAUUGUAGAGGAACCCUACGAAUUUAAAAAAAAGAGGAUCGGUAUCCCGAAUUUUAUACUUAAUUUGGAUGAGCCUUUGAAAAGUAAAAAUAAGGUUCAAUUGACUGUUUCAUUUCUUUUGAACUAUGUUACCCCUAUUACUUUAACACCAAGUUGUGAUUUUUUGUCAAAACUAACGUUUUUAAGUUUAGCUGGUACUGUGCGAUACAGUGUUGAGUUCUUCAAUGUUCUGUUUAGAUGCUGUGCAAAUCUUGAAACGUUAGAUAUUGUAGCGUCAUCUGUAUCGCCGUGCGUGUCGUCUAUAUCCCGAUCGGUACCAUUGAGCAAAACGUUGAAGAACCUGCGCUUGACUGAUAGGAGGUUUGAUUAUAAUACAUUUUUCCAAUCUCUUAGUCAAUGUAAAACAUUGGAAAAUAUUCACGUGCUCGAUCGUUCAUCGGAAACUACGAAUUUGGCAGAUCCAAGCACCCUAAUUAGAAAUUGUAAAAAUUUAUAUAGCAUCUGUUUACAAGCAUGUAUGAGUACCGCAACCAAAAAGAGAAUGAUUAGUGUUUUUAAUAACGCAAAAUCUUCUAUGAAUAUGCAUCACUUGGAUAUUAAAUUGUGCCAAAUAUUUUUGUCACACGACGUUGAAGGAUUUGAGUAUGAACCAUUUAUUCAUGUUUUUAAUGUUUAUCCAAUUAAAAGCGACUUAAAAUUUUUAUGAGAGUUAUUAAUCCUUGC